AUGGGGAUCACUCGUGAUCGUCAGGCGCGCACCAUCUCACUCUCCCAGGAGUUCUACAUCAACAAUGUGCUCAAGCGGUUUGAGAUGGAGUUGUGCACACCUGUUGCCACCCCGCAACCGCUACAACACCUCCUCACAGCUCCAACUGUACCUACACCAGAGGCCUGCUCUACGCCAUACCCGGAACUGGUUGGGUCCCUCAUGUACGCCAUGAUGUGCACCCGGCCUUACCUGGCAUACCCUGUCAGUGUCCUCUCUCGCUAUGUGGCCCUUGGACCCUUCACUGAUCUUCAUAAGAAGGCUGCAAAGCGGGUACUGCGUUAUUUGCAGGGCACCAAGUCUCAUGUGCUCACACUUGGUGGGCUCUCCCCUCCUCGACUGGAAGGUUACACCGACUCCUCCUGGGCUGAUGACCAGACCGACCGACGCUCCUCUCAGGGGUACUGCUUCACCCUUGGGAGCGGAAUUUUCAGCUGGCGCUCCACCAAAUCGUCCGCAGUCUCCCUCUCCUCCUGUGAGGCAGAUCUCUACGCUGGCACCAUGGCGGCUCGAGAGGCCCGUUGGCUCACCCUCCUCCUCCAGGAGCUUGGCUACCCUCAGUCCACCCCCACCCUCUGGUGUGACAACAAGAGCACCAUCCACCUCUCCCAGGAUCCUGUGUAUCACACCCGCACCAAGCACAUCGAACUUUGGCACUUCUUCAUCCGUAACCUUGUCCAGCGGGAGCAGCUAAACGUGGAGUACGUUGCAUAUGACUGCAACUUGGCUGAUCUGUUCACCAAAUCCCUUUGGAAAGUCCCUCACCACCGCCUACUUGGCGCCAUGGGGCUCUGUGCUCCACCUUAUCUGCCUUAA